AUGGAGACUGGAGUUAAAACUGCUGUGUCCGCCAUGGAAGCCUUCGAGAAGCUCGAGAAAGUCGGUGAAGGGACUUACGGGAAAGUGUACAGAGCGAGAGAGAAGGCUACUGGGUUGAUCGUCGCUUUGAAGAAGACGCGUCUCCACGAGGACGAAGAAGGCGUUCCUCCCACCACUCUCCGCGAGAUCUCCAUCUUGCGCAUGCUCGCUCGCGAUCCCCACAUCGUUAGGUUGAUGGACGUGAAGCAAGGAUUGAACAAAGAAGGCAAAACGGUACUGUACCUGGUUUUCGAGUACGUUGACACUGAUCUCAAGAAAUUCAUCAGAAGCUUUAAGCAAGCUGGACAGAACAUUCCUCAGAACACUGUCAAGUGCUUGAUGUACCAACUAUGCAAAGGGAUGGCUUUCUGCCAUGGCCAUGGAGUGUUGCACAGGGAUCUUAAACCUCAUAAUCUCCUGAUGGACCGGAAGACUAUGACGCUUAAAAUAGCAGAUCUUGGAUUGGCCAGAGCCUUCACUCUCCCAAUGAAGAAGUACACACAUGAGAUUUUAACUCUGUGGUAUAGAGCACCAGAAGUCCUGCUUGGAGCAACACAUUACUCAACUGCAGUGGAUAUGUGGUCCGUUGGCUGCAUUUUUGCUGAGCUAGUGAACAAGCAAGCAAUCUUUGCUGGAGACUCUGAGCUCCAACAGCUCCUCCGUAUCUUCAGGUUGCUGGGAACACCAAACGAAGAAGUGUGGCCUGGAGUGAGCACACUCAAGGACUGGCACGAGUACCCACAGUGGAAACCGUUGAGCCUCUCCACAGCUGUUCCAAACCUCGACGAGGCUGGACUUGAUCUCUUAGCAAAAAUGCUGGAGUACGAGCCAUCGAAAAGAAUCUCGGCAAAGAAGGCUAUGGAGCAUCCUUACUUCGAUGACCUACCUGACAAGUCCUCUCUCUGA